AUGGGCGGCAGCGGGGAGGCCACCGGGACACCCGACCCCGUAGAGAAGGGGUUCGCCACCCUUAACACCAUCAGGAUCGGUGUCAAGGCCAUGGUCCACAAGGAUGGAGAGUUGAGGAAAGCGGAGAUAUUGUCUAUUAAGCAGCGGAAAGAUGGCCUUGCUUUCUACGUUCAUUAUGUGGACUUCAACAAACGUCUGGAUGAGUGGAUUGCUUCUUCAAGACUAGACCUGUCUCAGGAAGUCGAAUGGCCGCAGCCUGAGAAGCCGGAAAAGAAGAAGACGGGACCUGCCAACAAGGCUCCGAGCAAGAAUAAACGUGCCAGAGCCGGUAGCCGCGAUGUCUCUGCUACUCCGGACCUCCUCACUGGCAAGAAUGCCAAUGUGGGCAAAAUCCAGCGCCCAUCAAAGGCAGGUGGGAAGGAGAACCGUGGCGAUGAAACACCCAUCAGUCUGUCAAUUUUGGGGUCCGAGGCUUUGUCUGCAGACGGGACACCCAAAGCUGACUCCGAAGAUGUCGACAUGAUGGACGCCAGUUUUGUCGACGCAAAGGAGAUCAAGGAGGAGGAAAAGGCGCUGGGAUUGAUGUCGCGAGAAGAGGAAAUUGAACGCCUACGGACUGGUGGCAGUAUGACCCAGAACCCAACAGAGAUUCACCGAGUGCGUAACCUGGAGCGGCUCCAGAUGGGGAAGUUUGAUGUCGAGCCAUGGUACUUUUCUCCAUACCCUGCCUCAUAUUCCGACUCAGAGGUGGUCUAUAUCGACGAAUUCUGCCUCAGCUACUUCGACAACAAGCGUGCUUUUGAACGACACCGCACGAAAUGCACACUCGUGCACCCUCCUGGGAACGAGAUUUACCGCGACGACAACAUCUCCUUCUUUGAAGUAGACGGCCGCCGACAACGCACAUGGUGCCGUAAUCUCUGUCUACUUAGUAAACUCUUCCUUGACCACAAAACCCUCUACUACGACGUCGACCCCUUCCUCUUCUACUGCAUGUGCACCAGGGACGAAACAGGCUGUCACCUGGUAGGCUACUUCUCCAAGGAAAAGGACUCUGCCGAAGGCUAUAACCUCGCUUGUAUCUUGACACUACCCCAGUACCAGCGACACGGAUUCGGAAGACUCCUCAUCUCAUUUAGCUACGAGCUCAGCAAGCGAGAAGGGAAGCUCGGGUCUCCCGAGAAACCACUCAGUGAUCUCGGUCUACUCAGUUACCGACAAUAUUGGCGAGAAACCCUCGUUGAGAUCCUGAUGGAGUCGGGCCGUGAAGCAGUCAGCGAGAACGAACUUGCUGUCCUCACGUCGAUGACUGAAAAGGAUGUCCAUGAGACGUUGGUUGUCUUCAAUAUGCUUAGAUAUCAUAAAGGGAAUUGGGUCAUAGUCCUCACGGACCAAGUCGUGGCAGAGCACGAGAAACGCCUUGAAAAAGAAAAGAUCAAGGGCUCUCGUAGGAUUGACUCUUCGCGCCUCCAGUGGAAGCCGCCUGUCUUUACAGCGUCGAGCCGGACCUGGAAUUGGUAG